GGGAAUCGAACCCAGGCCCUCUUUGCUGUGAGGUGACAGCGCUUUAUGGAAGCAACACAUAUCAUAAAGGUUGGGGCAGGUAGAACUUUACUCUGGACCAGAACCUUUUAUUUUUGCACUUAAGUGUUUGAGUUUUUUUUUUUACACAAGUAUGGACCAGAACUUUGACUUGUCUAAGUUUCUUGUGAGAACCUCAAUGUCACAAUACUAUAGUGACCAUGGAGCAGAACCCCGACUUGUGUAAGUUUCUUGUGAGAACCUCAAUAUCACAAUACUAUAGUGACCAUGGAGCAGAACCUCAAAUUGUGUAAGUUUCUUGUGAGAACCCUAAUGUCAGAACACUAUAGUGACUAUGAAGCAGAACCCUGACUUGUCUAAGUUUCUUGUGAGAACUUCAAUGUCACAAUACUAUAGUAACCAUGGAGCAGAACCCCGACUUGUGUAAGUUUCUUGUGAGAGAACCCUAAUGUCACAACACUAUAGAGACCAUGGAGCAGAACCCCGACUUGUCUAAGUUUCUUGUGAGAACCUCAAUGUCACAAUACUAUAGAGACCAUGGAGCGGAACCCCGACUUGUCUAAGUUUCUUGUGAGAACCUCAAUGUCACAAUACUAUAGAGACCAUGGAGCAGAACCCCGACUUGUCUAAGUUUCUUGUGAGAACCUCAAUGUCACAAUACUAUAGAGACCAUGGAGCAGAACCCCGACUUGUCUAAGUUUCUUGUGAGAACCUCAAUGUCACAAUACUAUAGAGACCAUGGAGCAGAACCCCGACUUGUCUAGGUUUCUUGUGAGAACCUCAAUGUCACAAUACUAUAGUGACCAUGGAGCAGAACCCCGACUUGUCUAAGUUUCUUGUGAGAACCUCAAUGUCACAAUACUAUAGUGACCAUGGAGCAGAACCCGACUUGUCUAAGUUUCUUGUGAGAACCUCAAUGUCACAAUACUAUAGUGACCAUGGAGCAGAACCCCGAAUUGUCUAAGUUUCUUGUGAGAACCUCAAUGUCACAAUACUAUAGUGACCAUGGAGCAGAACCCCGAAUUGUCUAAGUUUCUUGUGAGAACCUCAAUAUCACAAUACUAUAGUGACCAUGGAGCAGAACCCCGAAUUGUCUAAGUUUCUUGUGAGAACCUCAAUGUCACAAUGCUAUAGUGACCAUGGAGCAGAACCCCAACUUGUCUAAGUUUCUUGUGAGAACCUCAAUGUCACAAUACUAUAGAGACCAUGGAGCAGAACCCUGUCUUGUCUAAGUUUCUUGUGAGAACCCUAAUGUCACAAUACUAUAGUGACCAUGGAGCAGAACCCCGACUUGUCUAAGUUUCUUGUGAGAACCUCAAUGUCACAAUACUAUAGUGACCAUGGAGCAGAACCCCGACUUGUCUAAGUUUCUUGUGAGAACCUCAAUGUCACAAUACUAUAGAGACCAUGGAGCAGAACCCCGACUUGUCUAAGUUUCUUGUGAGAACCUCAAUGUCACAAUACUAUAGAGACCAUGGAGCAGAACCCCGACUUGUCUAAGUUUCUUGUGAGAACCUCAAUGUCACAAUACUAUAGUGACCAUGGAGCAGAACCCUGUCUUGUCUAAGUUUCUUGUGAGAACCUCAAUGUCACAAUACUAUAGUGACCAUGGAGCAGAACCCGACUUGUCUAAGUUUCUUGUGAGAACCUCAAUGUCACAAUACUAUAGUGACCAUGGAGCAGAACCCUGUCUUGUCUAAGUUUCUUGUGAGAACCCUAAUGUCACAAUACUAUAGUGACCAUGGAGCAGAACCCGACUUGUCUAAGUUUCUUGUGAGAACCUCAAUGUCACAAUACUAUAGUGACCAUGGAGCAGAACCCUGUCUUGUCUAAGUUUCUUGUGAGAACCCUAAUGUCACAAUACUAUAGUGACUACUUAAAUUAUUAUGUAACAUUUUUAUUUUGUUCUGUUUGUCUGUUCACUUCUUUGAAGUUUAUUUUGUUUGUUGGUUACUUUGCCCAGUUACUCAUAGCAGGGAUGCGUGUUGAAUAAUUUCAAUUAAAAAAAGAAAAGGGAAAAAAAAAAGCUCGAGUCCUCGUAGGUGUUACAGUGAGUGUGGUCUGCCAGCAGGGGGCGCCAGAGCCAGAGCUUUGCAUGGCGCAAGCGUGAAGGUAAUAAAGUGAGUCACGGUGAUCCGGGGAGGCAGCAGCGCACACCGACCUGAGGGGCUACUGCAUCUGGACGAAAAGGAGGGGAAGAAACACACCACCCCCCCCUACUGACAGUCCUGCAUUCAUCUCGCUCGUUCGGAUAUCACUGUUUUAUCCUCAGAUCCACCCUGAGGUGUCUGGAAAUUCCCUGCGCGGUCUGGAGGAGAAGGAGGAGGAAUAGUAAUGUGUUCGUGCUCGUGAUGCCAGUCAAGGUGAGCGAUGGAUGGAUGAGAGGAAAAGAUGCCGUCGACUGACACGAGGCGAGCGUCGAUAUCGACACCGAUCGGCACCUUUUCUUGAUUCUAAGGACUGGGGGGCUUUUUCUCUUCUCGCUCCGCCGAGCUAAACGAUGCUCCUCCUGCGCGUAGUAACGAAACGUCUCGCCAGCCAGUGAAAUAGACGUCCAUCCUCCCUCCCUCCCUCUCUCUCUCUCUCUCCCUCUCUCUCUCUCUCUCUCUCUCUCUCUCUCCGACGGCGGUGGGCUUGCUCGCUUUCCUCCAGGCGCGCUGAGUGAGAGACCCCCCCGGAUGGAUGGUCGGUGACCCGUCAGCCCGGGAUGGAGCCGUUCCUGCAGCUCGCUCCUCACUCCCUGGCCAUCGUGCUCUCCAGGCUGCCCGAGGUCUCUGCGGGCGUCAGCGAGAGCAGCGAGCCGCCGCGCCACCACACCGGCUACGAGAUCUUCGCCGACUUCAAGGCGCUCAACGCCAGCUACUUCUGGAACAAGAUGGUGGCCGACGCCAUCGCCGAGACCUUCUUCUUGGGCUGGAUAGACGAGCACGUGCUGCUCAUCCAGGGCGAGGAGGAGCACCUGGAGGCCCUGAGGGAGGCGUGGAUGCGGAGGUCCCUCAAACCGCCGCACGGCUUCGACAUCAAGUACCUCGGUGAUGUGUCUCCUAUCAGCAUGUCUCCUAUUAGUCAGUCCCAGUUCAUCCCACUGGGGGAGAUCCUGUGCCUGGCCAUCUCGGCUAUGAACUCUGCCCGAAAGACCGUCACACAGGAGACGCUCAUCGAGCAUCUGGCAACAUGCUUUCCAGGCGUGCCCACUCCAAGCCUAGAGAUCCUGCGCCACACCCUCAACAUGCUCGUACGGGAACGUAAGAUCUACCCAACUCCAGAGGGUUAUUUCAUCGUCACCCCGCAGACCUACUUCAUCACGCCCUCUCUCAUUCGCACCAAUAGCAAAUGGUACCACCUGGAUGAGAGGAUCCCGGCAGCCAUGCAACAGCCAUGUUCCUCUCCCCCCUCUGGCACUGUCACACCUUCCGCUUCAGGCUGCGUUAGGGAGCGGUCCCACCACAAGAACCACGCCGAGCCUUACAGCGACAGCUACCGAGAGGACCUGCCCAGCACGCAUACCUCCACGUUACAGAGGAGGUCCAAGGAACACAAGGAGGUGCAAUACCCAGUCUCUCCGCCUCCUCAGCAACCCUCGGAGAAGAGCAAAAGCGCCCUGAGCUUUGCCUUCAAGACAGAUGGCAGCAGCAAGCAAAAGGAUGGAAGCAGUAGUACCGGAGGUAGUGAGAAGCAGUCAAAGAAGUUUGGCCUGAAACUCUUUAGGCUGAGCUUCAAAAAGGACAAGACGAAGCAACUGGCCACCUUUUCAGCUCAAUUUCCACCUGAGGAGUGGCCUCUGCGAGACGAGGAGACGCCCAGCGUCGUUCCACGGGAUGUGGAGAUGGAGAUCAUCCGGCGUAUCAACCCUGACCUAACGGUAGAAAACCUGGCACGGCACACGGCUGUCAUGAAGCGACUAGAGGAGGAGAAGGCCCAGAGGAACAAAGCCAGCUCAUCAGCUCAACAGAGCGCCCGAGGCAAACGUGGUCGUGGCCACCGAAAGGCUCAGCAGGGCAAGCAGUCACGCAGUCACAGCAAGACACGAGCAUCCAGGGGGGACCCUUCUGAGGGUUCCAACUUGGAUAUAUCCUAUGAACGGGACUACAAGUUCUAUAGCUCUUCUCUAGUGAGGUCACCAAGGGAAACUAUGAUGUCAAUGGAGCGGAACAGGGGGAAGUACAUGGUGCACAGCAACCCAAACAUUGUGGAGUCACAUUUCACUACAGCACCUGAGUGGGACGUAUCGGGGGAACUGGCAAAGAGGAGGACGGAGAUGCCCUUUCCGGAGCCAUCCCGGGCACAGUCACACUCAAAAGUCCACCGCAGCCACAGCCACACCCAAGAAAGGAAGUCACGGAAUGAGAGGUCAGACAAGGCCAAAGAGAGGUCACGUUCUAUGGACAACUCCAAGGGGCCCUUAGGAGGCCCAUUUUUAGGCAACCCUGAGGAAUUUGAGUGCAGUCCAGAUGACAGAAGUCGGUAUUACACCGACGACGGAACUUUGAGGGCAUCUGCCCAGAAGAGCCACUACUCGCGUACUAUGCUCUCUGCUGCUAGGUUGAAUUCUGAUGUUUGCGUGCCUGAUGUUGGAAGGGGGACCCCUGAGGAUGUCAUGCACUGUAGACCACUGGAGAAGAGCAAAAGCAAAGACAGCUUACCAGCUUAUGGUGACCCUAAGUCCUGCUCUCCAAAAAUGCCUAUGGACGACUAUUUCCAGCGCAAUGCGUCGAACGAGGCCUCUUUUGCAGCUCCCUCCCCUCUCACGAAAUCCAGUCAUGAUUUCACAGACAGCGUCUGGAAGGGGAUUCCCUCAGAGCGGCCGACUCCGCUUUUGACCUCACCCCAUCCCACGGAAUACAAGGAUGAUUCCAUAAUGGGACAGAAUAGAAUAACGUUAUCGGUGCCUAACCAGACACCAGAGCCUUUGCCCAAUGGACGCUUGAUGCACCAACUUAAUCCCGACUCAGGUGACUUGGACAAAAUGGCAGAAGUUUACGGCCAGGAGACUUUGUUUAAAACUCCAGACUUUGUGGAGAGCAGUUUUUCCAGGCCGGGUACGAUGCGCAAAUCUCCACACACCAAGUCAGCAGAGGUGCUGGAGAGCCAGGAACACUUUGAUGAGCCUCUCCCACUAUCCUCCAUGCCGUCAUCCUCGGGUCAGGAGCAGGCAUCUUGUGCUGAAACCACCUUUGACUACUACAACGUGUCCGACGAUGACUCAGAAGGGACCAGCCAUAAGAACAAGGUAGAGGAGAAAGUUCUGGAAGGCGGUGGAACAAUGCAGUGGCUGCUGGAGCGGGAAAAGGAGCGUGACCUCCAGCGCAAGUUUGAAAAGAACCUCACUUUCCUUAGCCCCAAAGAGGGCGAGAGCAACAACAGCCAGAAGUCGGCCCACUCCACACGCCUGGACAGCAUGGACUCCAGCAGUGUGACUGUGGACAGUGGAUUUAAUUCCCCACGCACUCGGGAGAGCCUCGCCUCGAACACCUCAAGUAACGUAGAGAACAGCCGGCGGCAGAACAUGGCUCUCAGUCCUGGUCACAUUGGCACCAAGAGGCCGCCGCCACCCUACCAGCCGCCCAGCUUCCGCUCCAUCCCUGAGCCGCCCACCGCCCGCCCCGAGAAACAGGCCUCCAUCACCAGCGUGUAGGGAGCAGAGGGAGAGGAGAAGGCCUUCUCUUAAAGCGAUAGUUUAGCGAAAAAUCUAUUUCGUACAACUUUCUCCUUACCUUAAAAUCAGCCGAUUAGCAGUGACGUGUUUGCCACAAUAAUUUGCAUUUUGUCUUUAGUUUGCUUCUUUAGUUUUACACCAGAGCUAUGAAGCUAAUAUAGGUAGAUGAUGAAAGCUUAUCGCCACCAAUUAGCAUUGUGACUUACAGACACUGUAUGACAGACAGGUGUCUAUAAAAUGGAAAAAUUUAGGCUUCACAAUGGCUACUGUUUUUUUUUUAGCUAUGUGACAUUUUUGUCCACAUACUUUUGGCCAAAUGCCAUAUGCAAGUCUAUUUGACUUAACAAAGAAUGCGCUAUGUGUUGAUUUAGACCACAUGUAUCAGGCUUUAGUCCUCAUGGGCCAAAGCACUGCAGACUUCAGCUCACUACCUCAUUAAACAAACCUGAUUUAGUUCAUUAGCUAAGGCCUCCAUGAACUGAAAUCAGAGCGUUAGAUGAGUGUAAACGCUGAUCUCCGCAGCACUUUGGCAUAGAAGAUCCCCAGUUUGACAUGCCUGAUUUAGACAAUGCUAACUGGUAGCUGUAAACAUGAGUAUUAAAGAUAGGCCUUCAAUAAAUGAAACUCAGUCAAAACAUGACGGCAAAAACUCACUGGGAUCCUAGCAGUUUGUUGGUGCGAAGCUAAGAGUGAUGCACAAGGAGCAUUUUCUGAAUGUUGUAGAUUAAACACAGACAUUUGAAGGUUAUAAAAUACAUUGCAUGUUUUACUUGAGGCUUGUGACAGACAUAUUAUUUAUACUGUAUCCUGUAUCACAGUGAUUCUUCCAGUAGAGAGGCUUGGCA